UCAUCUCCCGUCUCCCACACUGCAGUAGUAGUGGGCCUUGGCCUAGCAUAGUUCAUUCAGGAUACUGCUACUGCUAGAUUAGAAUACGUGUAGAUCUGCACCACAGAAUUCUACACUUUCCGUGCACAGCUGUUGUGUAUGUUGUAGCUGCAAGACAACGGUGUCUAUAGAAAGUGAAUAUGAAUAACUUCGUCACGCAAUUUUAGCGGUGUAACGAUUAAGAUGAGUAGACUUCACUUUAGAAAUAUUUUGAGCGAAAAUGAAAAGAUCACAGCCAAAAUGGGAACCGCCAUCUGGGGAGGGAAAACCUGUACUCCGCCUUUUUAAUAGUUUGACGAGACGAAAGGAAGUUUUUGUACCACAGAGAGGUAAUAUCGUGACGUGGUACAACUGUGGUCCAACUGUUUAUGAUGCAUCUCACAUGGGGCAUGCCAGGUCCUACAUUUCUUUUGACAUUUUGCGUAGAGUGUUGAUGGACUACUUCAAGUAUGACAUCUUCUAUAGCAUGAACAUCACAGAUAUUGAUGACAAGAUCAUUGUCCGUGCUCGUCAGAAUCACUUGAUGCAGCAGUACAUUGAUGCAGGCCACAGCCCACAGCAGGUGGAGCAGGAUUUAGGAGAGGCGCUACAGCUGCUUGAUGGCAAGAUUGCAAAUGAGACCAGUCCAGAAAAACUGGCUAUGCUGACUAAAACCAAGGCGAAAGUUGCUGCUCUUGUAGACAGUGGGGAUGCUGGGAAGAAUGCUUUGCUGCAAGAAGUGAAGGAAGUACUUGCACCAUGGCUGGACAAGAACAAGGGGUCAAUGGUCACAGAAAACGCAAUUUUCUCUGAACUCCCUAGGUUUUGGGAGGAAGAAUUCCACAAAGACAUGGCUGCCCUAAAUGUGUUACCAGCUGAUGUCCUCACGCGAGUCAGUGACUAUGUGCCAGAGGUGGUGACCUUCAUUCAGAAGAUAAUAGACAACGGCUUUGCGUAUGAGUCUAAUGGAUCGGUUUACUUUGACACAAAGGCUUUUGAUGCAGCUCCAAACCAUUUCUACGCUAAGCUGCUUCCAGAAGCGUUUGGAGACAAGAAGGCCUUGUCAGAGGGGGAAGGUGAGCUGAGUGUGUCAGAGGAGAAGCAGAGUGAGAAGAAAAGCGCGACCGACUUUGCCGUGUGGAAAGGCUCCAAGCCUGGGGAGCCCUCUUGGGACUCUCCUUGGGGGAAGGGCCGUCCCGGCUGGCACAUUGAGUGUUCUGUCAUGGCAAGCGACAUUCUUGGAGAAUCCAUGGACAUUCAUUCUGGUGGAUUUGACUUAAAGUUUCCUCACCAUGACAAUGAGUUGGCCCAGUCAGAGGCCUAUUUCGGACACGACCACUGGGUGUACUACUUUAUUCACUCUGGCCACCUUACCAUUGACGGCUGCAAAAUGUCCAAGUCACUCAAGAACUUUAUCUCCAUCAAAGAGGUGCUGAAGAAGUACUCAGCACGUCAGGUGAGGCUGCUGUACCUGUUGCAUUCCUGGAAGGACACCAUGGACUACAGUGAGAACACGAUGGACGUCGCUCUGGAGUUUGAGCGCACUCUCAAUGAGUUUUUCUUAACGGUGAAAGACAGCCUGAGGGGUAUAGCGAGUGAUGGCUGCCUGGCGUGGACAAAGUGGACGAGUGAUGAAGUAAAGUUGAACAAUAAGCUGCUUGAGAAACAAGAAGGUGUCUACGAAUCCCUUUGUGAUAACAUUGACACAAGAGGGGCUAUGGACCACAUUCGUGAGCUUGUCAGCGCAGGAAACUUGUACAUUUCAGCUAUGCGGUCCUCUCAGCGACAACCCAAUCGAGCUCUUCUCAUGAAAGUGGCCACCUACAUCACUGAUUUGCUUAAGAUCUUUGGUGCUAUUCCUAAGGAACAGGCUAUUGGUUUCCCACAGGGAGGAUCUCAGAAUGCAAAUUUGGAAGAGGCUGUUAUGCCCUACCUGUCGGCCUUUGCAGACUUUAGAGAGCAAGUGCGAGUGACUGCGCGAGAACACAAAGCCACUGACAUUCUGAAACAAUGCGACCGUGUUCGGGAUGACACAUUACCUGCCUUGGGUGUGCGGCUGGAGGAUCAUGAGGGGGCACCACCAGUCAUCAAACUGGUUGACAAGGACACUCUAAUGAAGGAAAGAGCUGAAAAACUUCGGAUAGAAGAACAGAAGAAAGCAGAAAAGGAGAGAAAGAAAAAGGAAAAGGAAUUGGAGCAGGCUGCGAAAGAAGCUCAAAAGAGAAUUCCACCUUCGGAGAUGUUUAGGAAGGAGACUGACAAAUAUUCAGCUUUUGAUAAGAAGGGCCUCCCCACACAUGAUGCAGCGGGCCAGGAACUCACCAAGUCAGCCAUGAAGAAAGUGCUCAAGCUGUAUGAGGCUCAGGAAAAGAAGUACAGAGACUACCUCAAGACUGUGGAAGAGAAGCAAGCUAACGGAGAAUCUUGACCUGUGCCAGCCACUAGUCAUGCAUGUCUUCUCUUGUUUCCAAAGUGCUUUUCAUCGCGUUGCAAAUCUGGGCUGUUGGCUAUGACUCGUUUAUUUAUAUUUUUUUCUCCAUGCAUCUCUUGUUAUCUAUUUAUUUUAUAUUUAUACGUUGCUUUGCUAGUCUUUUUUAGGUUUUAGAAUGGGGCAAAUUUGGAUUGAGGAAAGGGCAGGGGUUAGAGUGUGAUGGAAAAGAUUUAGGUAUUGAAUAGAUCAUCUUAAUACAGUGGUGUCUUCUUCCUGGCCUGAUGGAACUUUUGUAGGUCAACAAAUUGUUUUUCUCAUUGAGUAUGAAUUGGAGAAUCAUGUAUAAUGAAAGCAAAUCCAGUCUUUACUUUACCUUUUCUUUUUUAGAUAUCUUUGAUAGUGAGGACAGAAUGAGAAUGAAAUGAGGAGGAAGAUCCAUGUUUGUCUGGUUCUGAGUCCUGAUAACAUUUUUCACUUAAUGACUGAGUGGAGUGUCAAAUGAACGACUUUUACUGGAUCUGGACAGGGGGUCUUCACAAAUUUCCUGAAACCAGGGGGUAAAUCCCAGCCUAUAUUCAUGGCCAGAAAAGCUUCUGAAGACGAUGAUGGAGACUUCACUUUGCUAUUUUUUAAAAUUGUGCCUUCUUGAAGGGCAUGUCUUUCUCCCAUUGUUGAAGUGUUUUUCAUCGUGUUGCAUUGUGAAUCUGGACUACUGGCUGUCUUAGGGUUUUUUUCCUGUAUGCUUUUGUUACUUAUUUAUUUAGAUUUUACUGCA